GUCAAAUAAGACCACCUUCUCUUUCGAUCUCUAUUUAAACAAUCAUAACAUCAAUCUCUAACUCAUAGAUCUCAAGACAACAACAACAAAAAGUCAACGGACCAAUAAUUAUUGUGAUCUGAAUCUUAAAAAAAUGUCAAUGGAAGGAAGCUUUGAAGGCAUGCUAAUGAACGUGAGCAUUUUUGCUCUGAUUCAAGCUCUUGUGUAUCUCAUACUCUCUAAAUCUUCGAGUGUUUUCUCUACGUCAAAGACGAUGAAGAGAGCUAACAGUUUCCGGUCAGCGAGAUCCAUCAGCAUCCGUAGGAUUCUGGCUACUCUUCAAGACAUGCCUGCAGGCGGCGAGAUGUCUCCUUCUUCCAUGGGAUCCUCUUCUCUUGUCUCCCCUUCAUCAUCACCAUCGUAAAGCUACAUGUAUAUGAAUCAUAUGAUUCAGUAUUUGUUGGUGAAUCCGGUGGAUGAAGUGUGUUUGUUUGUUAGAUAAUUUUCAAUUAAUUCUUUCUUCAUUUAUAGUAUCAUUCAAAUUGAUUAAUGAACUUAUAAGUAUAUUUACCAAAAAAAAAAAAAACUUAUAAGUAUAUACAACUGGCUAUGUCUUAACCACGAGGUGGUGGGCUAGUGGUUCUAGCUUGGUGGAAGAGUCGCCCUGUUGGUCCAGGCCAGGGAUCGAUUCUCUCCCCAAGCGCAGAAUUACUCAGCUUUAUCCCUUUGAUCACAUGGGUAUGAGCCAAUUGCUUACGGCUCAUUUGCAUAUCUGGGAGGGAUUCUAUCCGUGGGAUACCCUCUCCCCAGAGAGAUUAGUCUCAGAUCCCUCUAUACAGGGGCGGAUCUACGUUGUAGUAAGGUAAGGUACGUGCCUUAUACUAAGUUUUAAAACUUUGCAAUUGAUACACUUAUUAUAA